AAUAUUAUUAACACAUUUUAAUUUUUAAAUUCUCGGCAAUGUAUUAUGUGAUCUGCAGCCCUAUUUGUCCCGCUUAUUCCAAAUGAGUAAACCAGACAAAAACAAAGCGGUUUAACAUCUCAAGUUACAGUUUAAAACCCUUUGAUAGUGAAAGUUUGACCUUGUCCUUGUAAUGUUUAUACUUAAUUGAAUACCAACGAAUCUGCUACUUAUUGGUUAAACUAGUUAAUAAUGCUGACGUAGUAAAAUUCGCACAGCAUUCGGUUCUUUUUUCGUGGCCAAAUUAUCUCUUUGUGUUUGUGCGGUUUUGUUUUCGUCUUUUCCGUUAAAGACUAUUUGGAAUUAUUCCAAAUUAAUAAAAGUAUUUGACGACGCAUUUAAAUAAUUUCUUGCACAGACCAUGUCGAAGGACUCGGACGUGGAGCAGGCGACAAAGCCGGAAAGUGGAGUCGUCCAAGUGGAGCCAGCGAUUGCAGAGGAGCCACAGUCCACCACGCCGACGACUGUGUCCACGACAACAACGGUGAUCGCGGUGACCAAUGGCGAAAAGCCAGUAGAAGUGACACCUGCAACACCUGCAACAGCAGAACAAGUGCAACCAGCAACGACCAUUGCUGGCAUUGAAUUGGCCACUCCGACAGCAACAGCAACAUCACCAUCAACAGGCAGUGGAAAGGCCAACAUGGACCCGGCGCUGAUCAACUUUAAGGUGCUCUAUGUGUUGACCCAGCUGUGUGGCCUGACUAUGAUCGUCCUGGUGGGCACCUGGAUUGGUCAGCACUUUGGCGGCCUGGGCGGCACCUCUAAUCCCAAACUGGAGUUCAACUGGCAUCCGCUUUUCAUGACUAUAGGCUUCAUCUACCUGUAUGGCAACUCCAUUCUGAUCUACCGCGGUUUCCGCACCACGCGCAAGAAGACUCUGAAGCUCACCCACGCCGGCAUCCACAUGGCUGCGUUUAUUCUGACGGUGAUUGCACUGAAGACGGUCUUCGAUUCGCACAACUUGGCCAAUCCGCCUAUCCCAAAUAUGUACUCCCUGCACUCUUGGCUUGGUCUCUCCGCGGUGAUCAUCUUCUCGUUGCAGUAUGUGGCCGGGUUUGUGGCCUUCUUGGCGCCUGGUCUGCGGGAGAACUACAGGGUCGCCAUGAUGCCGCUGCACAUUUACUUCGGUUUAUUUGGCUUUGUUCUGGCCAUUGCAAGUGCCGUAAUGGGGCUCACCGAGAAGGCUAUCUUCGCCCUGCAAAAUCCUGCGUAUUCCACCCUGCCGCCGGCUGGUGUCCUGGCCAACGUGAUUGGAGUGCUGUACGUGGUCUUUGGGGCCCUGGUUGUCUACCUAGCCACUGAGCCCUCCUACAAGCGAAAGCCCAUUCCAGAGGAUACGGCCCUGCUAAACUCCAGUUCUGUCAACGAAUAAGGACUCUAUCAAUGCCCCAAACCAGCUGCAAUGCUUACUUAAGCUCAACACUGUGCACAAAACCAAACGAAACCGAAACCUGAUCACACGGAUGGUGCUUUGUUGAUGAUGGAGAUGCGUGUAUUAUCUGUAGCAAGUACAUAACUUAACGACUAUGUAUAAUUCGGAAUUAUUCACAUACGUAUACUUGGAUCACAAGUCGUGCAAAGAUUUCAGCGAGUGCUCAAAUCGUAACGUAUUUAACCUCAUAAUGAACAUUUGCUUUGAACUGUACGAAUACAUCUAUCUUUGUGUGUUAUAUAUGCUUAAAUAAAUAUAUAUUAAUACA